UGGAACAAAAUAUCAAAUUUAUAAUUUGGCACUUUCCAUCUGCAAGACUCAACACUGAGUCAAACAAAUAAAUCUCUGCCAUGAUCUGUUUUUCUAAAAUAUAAACUUCCUCUAGGAUAUGCAUCCAGUUAUUCACUGGCCCCACCUGUCAUGCAAACCUGAUGGUCACCCGCACCACCCCUCACCCUUCCCACAACCUCAGCCCACCCAGCAUUUACUCACGCCCCCACCAAACACCUAUCCAUCCACCUCCCUGACCAACCUUCCACCCAGAACCCCAGCAUGGACCAUUCCCUUGCAGGCACCUCCUCCUGCCUCUUUGACCUCCUGCCUUGCCCACUGGCCCCAUCACUUCCCUGGACCCUCCUGCAUCCCCUCCUCUCUACCUCCCAAUCACCCCAACCCCCGAGGGGGCCCCUCUGCCUUGGCUCUUUUCCCCUGCCGCCCCUCUCUCUUCCCUUUCCUCCAGAGCCCCUUCCCUCAGUUGUCAUUCUUCCCUUUCAGACAUCUCUCCCUCCUCUUGACAGACCUCUUUCCCUCUCAUAGAUGCCUCUCCCUCCUUCUGUCAAAACCUAACUUCCCACCUCCCUUCCAUGGGACCCAACUAUUUAAACAUUUACCGUAUCCAUCACUAAUGUAUAGUGAUCCUUCCACAUGAUGCACUGCAGCAGCCUUAUUAUUGCUGUUCAGGCCCAUGAUUCAACCCUCUGGAAGGAUGAGGGCAGCAGAUGCACGGUACAAAAUCCAGUUACGGUUCACAUCAUCCUGACUGAAUGCAACACAUUUGUAAUUGUUGCUGGAACAAAAUCUUCUGGCUCCCUCCUAAAAGUACUAUGGGUGUAACCAAAGCUGCACAGACUGUAGCAGUUCAAGAAAUGACUUCAUGCUAUUGUGACUGAAUGCCCAGUGUAAUGAUUAUUUGGACGUGAGUCUGGAUGUAACCAAAUGUCAUGGGUGGUCACUUGAGAGUGACUUGCUUCCAUUUCUGCCGAAUGGGUUUAAAGAUGGUUAUUCAGUCCAAUGCACAAUCUGCAGACUCUGCCAUAUUUGGUGUUCUUGAAGGCAGGAAGGUCACAGCAGGAAGAUUCCAGAAGAUGUGAAGCUGAAAAGGCGACAAUCUUUACAGCUGAGGAUCAUUCUGAAGAUGAGGAGAAGGUGAAGGAGCCCAGGGUAGGAGAUACCCCAGAAGAUAUCAUCUUUGAUGCUAUUGUAAAUUCAAUAGCUUUUCACCCAACGCGGGAUGUCAUCGCAGCUGGGGAUGUGGAUGGAGAUGUAUAUGUAAUCUCCUAUUCAUGUGAAGAAUCUGGAAAUGAGGAACUAUGGUCAUCAGGACACCACUUGAAAUCCUGUCGCCAGCUGGAAUUUACCCAGAAUGGGCAUGAGCUCUUCACAGUUUCCAAAGAUAAAUCAAUUCACAUUCUUGAUGUUGAAAGAGGCAAAUUGGUUACAAAGAUUCCAAAAGCUCACAGUGCUGCCAUUAAUAGCUUGAAGCUGAUUGAUGAAAACCUCUUUGCCACGGGUGAUGACAAUGGUUUGUUGAAAGUGUGGGACUUACGGAAGGGAACCUCAUUUAUGGAGAUGAAAAACCAUGACGACUACAUCAGUGACAUCACAAUCGACCAGAACAAGAAGAUCCUGCUCACGACCAGUGGUGAUGGUACGAUGUGUGUUUUUAACAUCAAGAGGCGUCGUUUUGACCUGCAGUCAGAAUUUCAGGAUGGUGACCUCACAUCAUUGGCUAUAAUGAAGAGAGGCAGAAAGGUGGCCUGCAGUUCAACUGAGGGAAUGAUCUACCUCUUCAACUGGGAUGGGUUUGGAGCCACCAGUGAUCGAUUCUUGGUGCCAGGAGAAUCUAUUGACUGUAUUGUUCCCAUCAGUGACACCAUUCUCUGCACAGCCUCAAUGGAUGGAGUCAUCAGGGCUGUCAAUAUUUUACCUAACCGAGUGAUUGGGAGCGUGGGGCAGCACAUGCGAGAGCCCAUUGAACAGAUCGCCGUGUCCCGUGAGGGCCGAUUCCUGGCCAGCUGUGCGCAUGACCAGAAGUUGAAAUUUUGGAAUAUUUCUGACUUGCGUAAGGUUGUCAUUGAUGACUACAGAAGAAGGAAGAAACAUGGCAAGCUAGAAUCUCUGAGCAGGAAGGCCUUUGGUUCCAGAAGUGACUUCUUUGCUGAUCUUGUGGAAGGAGAUGAGGAGAAAGAAAGUGACAGUGAGAGUGACUGAGUGUAGAAGUUCCCUUCCUCACUGGUCAGCAUCAAGGCUCUCAGCCUUGCUUACUUUGGGGAAACAAGGUGUUCAGCGUCCCUUUAACCUGCACAGGUUUGGGCUCACGCCGAAACACAUCUUCAAAAAAAAUUCCGUAUUUAAGUUCUAUUUUCCCCCAACAGUUUUUGAUGGGAUGCCUCUCCGCUAGUGAGCAGGUGAACUGCAUGAGGCUUCGCAGCUAACCCACCUGCCUCCCUAUUCCUUAGUUACUAAUCCUGGGGACCGGCCUAUAUUUCUCCUGUCAUUCAAGUUGGCUUUGUAACGUGACCUCAAACUACACAUCGGGCCAAUUCAAUAUUCUUGUCCUCCUGGAAAUCUCCCACCAGCCAGAGUGAGAAACAUCAAAUCUUUAGAAUUUGGUUUGAUUGUCACAUAUACUCAGCUACUGGACAUGAGUACAGUGAAAAGUUUACAAAGUUGCCAUUUCUGUUUGUACUCCAUGUUCCCAGCCCACCUUUGUCUGUGGUCUUAGUCUAUCCGAGCUCCCUGUCUGCCUGGGUCUAGCUUGAGGUGAGACAAAGCCCAAUUGUCCAGCAGGUGGCAGUCUGAGCCCCUAAACGCAGACUGUCUUGUGAUUGAUAGUAGAACUGUGGAUGGAGCGGAUAGGGUGUGCAAGGACUCGUCACUCCUAGAUUGAAAGCAGAACCUGAUUACCAGCUUUUAAGUUCAAAUGAUUUAACGAUUUGAAAAGCUGCUAUUGUCAGGUGUGAGAAAGAGAGACUAGACCUACCUUUGCAAGGACACUGACAGACUGAACUCUCGAAGGCAGGAAUGGCUGCUGGCUACAGUCUGCUCAAUUUACUGCAAAUUCAGAGUAAUGAUCAAGCUGUAAUAAUUUUCAGAAGCUUCCGUACUGUUUACCUGCAGCCUCAAGAAAGGAUUGUAUAUACCAAGACUGUUUGUGCAGCAGUUUAGUAUCGUAAAUAAAUUAUUUUUUGAAAUGU